UUGCUGGGUGAGAAGCGGACUGAAGUUCUUUCCGCUCUUCGCAUCGUUAUCAGUAAAGGCGAAUUUAUCAUUAGUUAAAUUAGCACAUUUAGACGAAUCCCUUGCUCCUCUCGUACCGGUUAUACCUAGUGUGAAUAGGUGAAAAAGCAUACGGCAUCGGUGUGUUUUCGUUUUUUGUGCCCUAUAAAAUUCCAUCGCUCAAUCUUUCCUGACGACCAUCCACGGAUUUCAAUCGCCGCCCAUCAUUUCAACCAGCCCCACACAACGGACCAUCAACACUCGCAGCAAUUACAGCGAAGAAAGUGUUGCUGACUUACUUAAUAAGAUCAACACUUCCCAGAGAGGGAAGCCACACCAUCGUGCAGGCGUAUCGUUGCCUCCGCUAGCUAAAUGUUGACCUAAAUAGGAACGUAUCUUAGGUAUUCUUGUUUACUAAGGUGCGUUAACUUGGGUACAAAAACGAUUGAUACUGCAACAUCAUCGGGGAAGGCGCGCGGACAAUGAAACCGAGGCACUCCCGUGAAUUUAGCCAACAUCCCGUCAGUCUACGCAUCUCUGAAAAACUUAAGAGGAACCAAUCACCGUACUAGCAUCUUGCACGCCAGCUUAAACAGUUCACGAGACAAGGCGAACUGAGCAUAACUAGCUGAAUAUAACGCUACUACUAUCGCCACUGCGAUCAUUGGUCCCAAGCGCUUCGGAUUUCGUCUGAGUACCAAAAAAAAAAUCAAUUGGAUCCAACCACAAAAAGAAGAUUGUUCGGCCACAUACCCAAAAUCAGCAUCGCAGGAAUCAACAGUGUCCAUCACCAUGGCAACGACGGAGCAGGAGAGCAGCAUUCCUGUGCUUCUAGUCACUGCUAACGUCGGCAGUGUUUUUGAGGAUCCUUCAAAUCUACUACAUCUUUGGGUUCGGGAGUUUCUGGAUCAUGUAUCGCAGUGCCAACCAAAAUUCAUUGCACUACACCUGCAGGAGGUAGGCGGCAAGACUUACGAAAAGUCGAUGGAUUAUGUGCAGGAGUUCAUCGCAAACUUGUGUGAAUCAGAAGAGCUCAGCGACUAUAACCGCAUCCGGGUGUAUCUGGAUGAAGACUACAACUCAGCGGAGCAUUUCACUGCGCUCGGAAACCUUUACUUCGUGCAAAGUACGGUGAAGCAUGUACUCAUGUGGAAUUUUUUGACGCACGACUGGGACUUAGUCGAAGGGAAAAGUAUCUACACCGGGAGCAUUGAAACGGUAGCAAGCAAGGAGAAAGCCAAAUUUCCUCAGCAGUUCUUUCCGGAGUGCAAAUGGUCCCGCAAAGGUUUUCUGCGCACCCGUUGGUUCUUGAACGGUACAGUCUUCGAUCUGGUAAAUAUCCAUCUCUUCCACGAUGCUUCAAACCUGGCAGCCUGCGAGGAGUUCCCGUCGGUGUACUGUAAAAGUAGGCGGCGCGCUCUCGUCUACACACUUGAAAGAUUUCAUAAGGACACCGUGAAUCACCCAGUGCCAUAUUUCGUGUUUGGCGACUUUAACUUCCGCUGCGAUACGGAGGGUGUGAUUAAGAAACUUACGGAAGAUCUGACGAUGCAUCGGAUUCAAAAUACCGCAUCAAAACCGGACAGUACAAAAGUGCAGUAUCGCGAUUCCGACGGAUUGAACGUACUCACGGUGGGUAAGAAGGAGUUCUCCCAUUGCGACCAAAGUACAUUUAAGGAGCAGUGGUUGCGCCAGUUUGAUCGCGAGCUCGAUUCCUUGCGCAGCGUACUAUACGAGUAUCCAAUCACAUUUCCACCAUCAUAUCCCUACGAGGAGGAUCCAUUGCAACCGGGUGCUUACAUGACAACGCGCUGUCCAGCCUGGUGUGAUCGAAUACUAAUUAGCCCAGCCGCCCGAAAACUGAUCUGCGGCGGCGUCGAUAAUACGAUGGCGAAGCACGAUACCGGUGUUACUAAUUACGGUGUUAUCGGAUCAGAUGUAUGCAUGGGCGACCACAAGCCUGUGUAUCUCAGCAUAAGAAUCAAAACAAGUCAAGGUAUUUUAGAUUAUUGUUCCUGUGAUAUACAUAUGCCCACUGCAGUGGGAGUUGAACAUGAAGUGCCUUUCAAUAGUUGUAGUAACAAUAGCAAUAGCAGUAGAGAUAUGCAACAUACCAAUUCCAGUGAUACUAUUGGCUGUAGUAACAGCAACACCAUUGUAGUAAGCGUCGGUUAUGAAACGGAAUCGAAUAGCAUAAUAUCGAACUCAAAUGAUCGGACACACAGUUUGGCAGCGGUGACUUUUGGCAAUGAAGCUACAUUGUUUCCUGAUACGACAACCACACCCACCAAUCCCACUUAUGUACAAGUACUAGCGCCGUCUGCCCCGUGCCCUAUGUGCACUAGUCGUAUUGAUCGAUGUUUCGAACAAAUUCUCGAGCAAUCAGGAACAGAAGCCUCGGAUAAACAUUAUUGCCAGUUCCUAGAUCAGCCUGAUGUAGUGAAGAGUGAAAAGGGUACGCGCGGAGAAAAGGAUACGCAGCAUCCCGCUGUCAGCAUCAAUGUCUACGACACAGAUAGCAAUCUCAACGUUUGUAUGUGUGCCGUGUAUUGCAGCAAUGCCGUAGGAGGAGCUGCUGCUAAACAGCUAAACUCCGAUGAUACCAUCUGCCCAAAUUGUCGAAACAUAAUCAAGCAUCAGCCAGUGGGACAUCGUAAACGAUUAAUAUCGCGUAGAAUGAUGCUGGCUAAUGAUAUCAUUGUCAAUCGCAUUGACACGCACUAUCUGAACACGUUUGUAUCACCAUCGAGCAGUAGUGGAUUGGGUUCACAAGGCCCAUCCAGCAGCACGAUGGCCAGUGAUUCAUUGCACUAUCGUAACAUGGAACCUUACACUCCGGAAAGUGCAGAAUCACACUCUCCACUUCCCGAAUCAAACGAAAUGAGCAAGGACAGAAAAUCCCAGGUGCAGAACGACAGGCAGCCACAACAAAUCAAUGGUGGUACAAUGACUGAACUCGUUGUAAGCAAAGCCGAAGACGAGACUACCCAGAAAAUGGGAGCGGUUGGGAAUGAUCCAACCAAUACGUUCGUAUCCUCCUCUUCCUCCUCUUGUCCACUCGACAUACAAGUAGUUGUUAUUGAUGGUGCGCCAUCGAAGAAAAAACAGCAUAAUGUUAGCAGUGGUUCAGCUCAAAUCCGUGGUAGCAGUUUGGUAGGCGGCGUGUCGCCUCGCCAACUAAAAUCACGACUGGAGAAGCUGACUCGCUUGGCGGACGAGCGCAGGAAGCAGUACGCAGAUUGGUCCCGCAACCGGAGUCGCUCAGAUGUGGCUAAAAGCGAGAAAAACAACAGUGGCAAACUAACAAUACCGUUUUUGUCGGUCGUGAAUAAAUCGUCGGCGGAAAAUUGUUCCAAUGCCAGGGACACAGGAUGUGCAGAUGGUAGCGUUCCAGCUGUAGUUGCAGAAGAAGUAGAACAGCAACAUUUUUUUCAAAAACAGAAAAACGACGGAAGAAAAAAGGAUCGAAAAAGCAUUGAUGAUAGCGACCAUCAAAUAGUAUCAAAAAGUUGCCUUCCGCUUGAUAACCAUUCGGCGAGUUCUAUGCCGACAUCGUCACGGGAUUCAGCACUCACUGGUUGUUGCCGACGAAUGUGCUGCAUACUUUAGAUUGGUUUUUACUUCUACCGACAUGCAGAUGGUAUUGCUUGUUACUACAGCUAUACAAUGACUUUUUAAGAUUUCUUUUUCGUUACGUUUUCGUUACUUUUCAUUCACCAAAGCAAAACCAAUCCUAUUUUAUCCUAAUCUCUUACAAAAAUUCGACACCUUUCAGUUUUAUCGAGUACAUGUUAGUAAAUUAUUUGAACUGCUCAGUCCUACUGGUACUUAUAAAGAAACGCUGGAGAAGUAUAUAACUUAUGAGUCAAAGACGAAUCACCAGCUUAAAGGUACCUUAGAUAACGCUCGAAAGCGAUUCAGUCGAUACUUAGCUAACAGAAAGCACACUAUUGCAUUUGGGUGCGGACUUAUGAGUGCUAUUCGGCGAAGCUUUAUACAACAAUCGCCUUAUAGAGUACAUAUGUCAAAUUGUUUUACGCGCUAUUAACCAAAUCCAAGCCCUUCACACAUUCACUAGGAGCCAGUUUCGCCAUUUUUAUGGAUGAGAUUUUUUACAGAUGCAACUGUAAUCCUGUCCUGCUCUGCUGCUUGCAAUACGUUUCUUAGAUUCUGCUCUUUAUUUUGGUUCUUUCAUUGUUAUCCUUUGCGCCUUCAGUGUCACUAUCACUUAAGCAUAAUAUACAAAGCAUUGAAACUUAAACAAAGCGCAGAUUACAUGAUUUGUUCUGAUUCCGUGUAGCGAUCUGAACUUGCGAUCCGUGUAGCGAUCUGAAACUUUCCCAUGAAAAUCUCACUUAAUUUCUUAAGCUGAUCGAUCGUUGGACUUUUUUCGAAACGACCUCCCUAAUUUUACAAAAGCAGAUGACUGCGAAUACAGAAUAAUUCUCAGUUGUCCCAAAUCACCCAUAUCCAAUUAAAAAAAUCUCAUCGUCUACUAUGAAAGAAGAAUGCGAUACAAAUAACACUCAUGGCUAACUGCAUUUAUGGGUUGUGGUUAGUAAAAGCGCACUUCGAAAGUAUGUUUACAGCGAUCGUAUUUUAUUUUAUUUUAUUUUAUUAUUACCUAAUUUAAUAGUGUACUGAUUUUAUUUAUCGUGACUAAAAGUCGUUCUAGAAUUAUAAUUCGUUUACUAUAUUUAUUAUUAAACAUAAUAAGAUAUUUCAAUGCAUUGUAAUAAUUUUAAUUGUACGAAAUACUGUGUAAUUUCCUUAUCAUUAUUGUCUAUUAUAUUAGUAUUUAGGAAACCCCGUUUGAUUUCUCCGAGGGCAACAGUAAAUGAAGUUCGUUGAGUAGGAAUGAGGUAGAAUGUCUGGAAAAUUCUUAAAGUGAAACGCAACUGCCAACAAUGUUUUCUAUGUUGUCUUGUUAAAAUUGAUUAAAAAUGUAGCAAAGGCCAUACUACGUUCCUUCCUAGAUUUCCACAGAUAUACGAGAUCGAGAUUGCUGGAAUAACAUUGCUCCACAUGUGAUUUAUUGGUAGCAGACAAACGGUACAUGCUAUAGUAUGUAUCGAGCAGAGGUUAGCUUUAAUAGCAAGGAUCCGAUUUACUAGUCUAGCCGACUUACUAGCGUUAACGAACGAGAGAGUUGUAUGGAAUGCUUUCCUCCUAUGUGUUUUUUUAUUAUUGGUUUUCCCAGUCAACCUGCCGAAUACGCAUGCUUGCGCACAGUAAGAAAAGUUAAGAGAAACUUGCUUCAAAUAUAAUCAUGAUUGAAGUGAUGUUGUGUUUAUUUUCAUUUUUCAUGUUCUUAAACUUUUGUUUUGUUGUCGUAUGCAGUUUUGGUCACCUCUAAUCUUUGCUUUACUUUGCAUAAGGGCUCAUCAAUU